ACCAUUUCUGUCAGACGAUUUGGAGGCUCCGCUCCUUUGGGUUUUUCACUCGAAGAUAAAUAAUCCAUUAGACUUCAUGGCAGCGAAAUACGUGAUUCUCGUAGUAUUGGCAUUGACAGCUCAUGUUGCAAUUUCAUCUUGGAAUAAUUUGAACUGUCCAGCCCCGAGAGCCCCGGACAAUGGACUGAGCUUUAUCUUCCGCAAUGGGGAGCUGGUCCAUUUCCGCUGCCAUCCAGGAUAUCAAAUGAGAGGGACCCCUGUUGCCUACUGCGUCAAGAAUGUGUGGACAAAUUCUGCUCCGGAAUGUAUUCCAAUCAGAAAAUGGCCUCACCAAUACAAUUCCACAGUUCCACAUGAGAGUCAUCACGAUCAGUGGAAGACCGAAAAGCAGCGACAGCUCUUCAAUUGGGGCGAUGAGACAUCGACUGUUUAUGGAGAUGGACCUCGACGAUUACCUCUCAUCAAUGGCAUCUGGCCAUCACAGGAGCAAGUUCUUGCUUUAGGCCCACAAAGCACACCGGGGCCGAAGAUUUUGGUGAAAGAAGAAAUCGAUAUUGCAGAGCUGAGGCACAGGCAAUUGGAAGAACUGAAAAAACAACGCUUUAAAGCGGAUGAAAGUACAGGAAGACGCAGGCAAGGACAAAAAAAGAAUAAGAAGAAUUCUGUUCUCGACGCGCCCAGAGAAACAGUUUUGUCUCUAGGUGCAACAGAGGAUGGCGAAGCCUUUUCUAUAGCCUUUGCAAAACCUACUAAUGGCACAGACAAAGUCCAUACCAAGCAUCAUAAAGAACGUCACCACCGUCGGCCGCGAAAACGUCAGAAUUUCAAUAAGAAAUACUAUAGAGUUCACCCAGGAUACUCGAACUUCGUCACUUCAAGAAAAUCCAGAGUCAACACCAGUGGUAUAUCACCUUAUCAUACAAUGUACCAGUUUAAUUCUAAUUCCAAAAACGAUGUUGCUGAACUAAGACGGAGACCUGUGCAGGAAAUCCGACGCAAAAGCACAGGCUAUGACACCAGCUGUGUGGAAUCCAUCUACAGAAGGGAAGUUCCAAUGAUUGCGCCACAGAUACCAAAUGGAUUUGUUUACCGCUACGAAACAAAGAAAAACAAGCGGUAUCCUUUCAAUAACUACAUGGAAGUGAAAUAUAAAUGCCUGAGUGGCUUUGUUUUUGCAACUAAUGCUCAAACUUUGUACUGUAAAGAAGCAUCAUGGGUAGGAGAGGUCCCUCGUUGCAUAGCAACGAAAGUUUGAAGUUCUGUUGCAGAUUUGAUAACUUCUAAUUUGAGUCUUUAUUUGUACAGGAAUGUGAUUUUUUUAAUGUAUGAAUUUUUGUAUAUAGAAAACAUUUAUUUAGCACUCAUUUUUAACGAUUUUUGGUUAACUCCAUUUGGUUUUUGUUUUUAACAUCGCAUAGAAAACAUUAGAUUGCAUCACCGUUGUCAUAUAGGUAUUGUCAUGAUAAUAAAAGGCUGGCUUACUCUCAAUGCAAGUUGGCACUUUUUAAUUAAAAUAAUUUAUUUUGUUACAGUACUUUGCAGUGAAAGACUUGAUAGUAUUGCUUGUCUAAACAAUAUUUUGUCUCAACAAAUGAGCCAAGAGAAUGAAUCUCAAAUAUACGGAAAAUGCUAUAGUAACGAAAAAUACGUUAAAUUUUUCUAUCCAAGACAAUAUCUAGGAAACUAUUUGAGCCAGCAAUUUCAUUUCAAAUAACAGAUACAAAAACUUAGAUAGCACUUCUAUGAAUAAAAAAUAUAAAUUAGGGAAUUAAUUAUAAAUAAACUAAAUAAAAAGAAUGAGUUCACUUUUAAUUACUUUAGAAACAUUUAAUUUUCAUACAAAAUAAAAUCUCAGAUCAUGAAUAAACAGAUACCGAUCACGAGUAGUAAAAACUAAUGUCUUUGAUUAAAAAAAGUCUUGGAUUUUCUUUUUCAUAUACUAACGAAUCUAUACAUUGACGAAUAUUUUUUGUAAUGUUCUAUUUUGUAUGGAAUAAAUAUCUUUGAACUCAA